UCCGGUUCGCAUUCCUGGUGCGAACGCGGCAUCGGCCAGUUCGCCAUCCGAACACUGAGCACGAUUGUAUACGCGGGAAACGUCGUCGUCGCCCGAGAAAAUACGUCGCAGUUUUGAUACGUUUCGGCGCCCGCUGUAUAUUUAUUAUUUCGCGCGCGCUCGCCGUACCGCUGCGUCAUUAUCGCGCUUCGCAACGCGAAAUGGAGUCCUGAACCGAGUUCCGCGUGUGAUUCUGUGCGAAUAUACAUCAAAACAUAUCGAUAUACAUCCCCUAUACACAAGCCCUUUACAAUGUGGAGCCCGGGCCUCGUAAUGCCGACUAGUGCGUUUUUACAGUGAUUUUUCGCGCGUAUAUUUACAUUUUCCCGUAUAUACGUCCUAGAGAGCGAGUAUAUAUGAACGGGCCGUACUCGGACUACAGUCCGCUGAUGAACAAGAUGAACCUGAACAUCAUGGAGCCGCUGGCGGAGGUGGGGGACGGGGGAUUCGAGCCCCAAACGAGGGCCAGGUCCAACACGUGGCCCCUGCCACGGCCCGAGAAUUUCGUGGACCCGAGCGAGGAGGGGGCGCAAGGAGGCGCGGCCGUGGCCGCGGGCAACAAGUGUCCCGUGCCGGUACCAAUAUCGGGUUUGCCAACCAAAAAGAACUCUAGUCGUCGGAACGCUUGGGGCAACCUGUCAUACGCCGACCUCAUCACUCAAGCCAUCACAACCUCACCGGAUAAACGACUCACGCUGUCGCAGAUCUACGAAUGGAUGGUGCAGAACGUGCCUUAUUUCAAGGACAAGGGCGACAGCAACAGUUCAGCAGGAUGGAAGAAUUCGAUAAGACACAAUUUGUCGCUGCACAACCGUUUCAUGAGGGUCCAGAACGAGGGCACGGGCAAAUCGUCAUGGUGGAUGAUCAAUCCGGACGCGAAGCCUGGAAAAUCGGUGAGACGCAGAGCGGCCUCCAUGGAAACGAGUAAAUUUGAAAAAAGAAGAGGGAGGGUGAAAAAGAAAGUGGAAAUGAUGAGAAACGGCGCCUUACCAGAUCAACCUCCAAGUCCUAGUUCUUCAGUUUCGGAAAGCUUAGAUCUGUUUCCAGAUUCGCCACUGCACAGUUCCGGUGGUUUCCAACUUAGUCCUGAAUCAAGGCCCAGGGCUUUUUCAAAUCCAUCAGUUUUUAGCGGUGGUGGAUUCCAAUUGAGCCCAGACUUUCGACCUAGGACAUCUUCCCAGUCGUCUGCCAGGUUAUCCCCCAUUCCAGCCGUUGGGGUUGAGCCUGAAUGGGGUUCAGGGUUCAACGGCAGUAGUUUUAACGAAGGAGAUAUGGUUAAUGGCACUCCCGCAGCUUCUAACACUGGCAACUAUUCCCCCGAUCAAUUGGCAGGAAAUCUGGAACAGAGGAUGAAGCUACAGAAUGACGCCUACAUAGGGUACCUGAACGAACAAACCGCCCAGACGCAACCUCCGCCAUCUUACAACUCCACAAUAUACAACGAACAAUUCCAAAAUCGAGAAUUCCACACGAUGUCGGCAACGUCGCCGUUUGCGUGUCCACUGCACCGGAUGCAACAGUGCAAUUGCAUGCCAGCCUGUGUCAAAGUAGAGAGGAUGUCACCUACGGGGAUGUCACCUUCCUAUCCACACUCAGAACCAUCGCCUGAUCCACUCAGCAGUCAUCAGUUCAUGGGCGCCAGAUUACCCCCCAGGCCACCCUCUUCUAGUCCUCCUUUAACCCCCCAGAGCCAGGGCACGCCCUCUACCAUGAUGGGUCAGUACAUUGGCGCCCUCAACGUCAGCGACGAUCUCAACAUCAACGUGGAAUCAUUACAGGGAGGCUUCGAUUGUAACGUUGAUGACAUCAUUCAGCAAGAACUCAACGCCGAGGGCUGUUUGGACUUUAAUUUCGGCGGCCAGCAACAGACGAUGGCCCAACAGGGACUGGUAACAGAGUCUUCGAUAUCCCUACAGACCGGUCCUCCACCUGCCUACUCCCAAGCUGUCGUCACUACACCAUCCUGGGUCUCGUAACGGUUCCAUAGAGUGUUGAUAGAUCAACCUAGAAGAAGUAAAUUGCUACUGUGUCACCGCUAUUAAGAAGAAAAAAAAAACAACCGAAGCCAACCAUAACUAAAUCGUAUUGUUAGUUGUUUUUUACUGCAAAAAUAUAACAGUCGAUCGGUAUAUGUAUAAUCGUAGCAAUUCGUAGAGCAUCAAGAACAAAAAGGUAUAUUCCUCUAUAGCGAACUAAGCCAAAAGAAGAAAGAAACAACAAUUACAAAUGUAACAAAAAAAA